CACAGACAUCAAAUGCGAACAAAGAAAGAGCUGUUGUCCUUAUUCCUCUGGAUUAGCUGGUGUGGUUCCGUUAGAUUUGGGUUGAAUACGCGACGAGCUGAUUAUUUAAACCGUACCAGUAAACGUGACGUGUGCAGCGCUGUCGGAGAAGCUCGUGCUCCGCUGUGUUCCGCGGCCGCUCGCCUCGGCCACAUUCGGCUCCUCUCGUUCUCCGGAAUAAUGGACGAGGCAGACUCGGCCACGAAAGCGCUCGGGCUGGAUGAACCGCCCAUCGGCGGGUCGUCUGUGGAGGGAGCGAGCUCGGAUACGGAGUCGGAGGCCGAAGUCACCCCGAUGGCUGUGAUGGCGGAACCGGGAAACAUCGACAUGGGAGCCGAGUCCCUGCCGAACUCCGACGAGGCCGAGGCUGCUUUUGCAGAGGUGACGGCCGUAUCUAUGGCGGAUGUUCAUGCUGCAGAGGACGUCUUCACCACAACAGUCGCCACCUCCGGAAGCCUUCCAGAGCACAUGCUGGGUGGCAGAACCACUCUCCAGCUGGGUGAAGGUCUCAGUACCCAGAAGGCCACUCUGAUUGUUGUUCACACAGAUGGCAGCAUCGUGGAGGCUGCAGGCCUAAAAUCUGCAGCCAGCAUCACAUCAGGCCCUCAGACCCCGCCUGCGCCACUCACUCCUCACCAGGACAAAGACUCCUGCUCCAAGUACAACUGGGACCCGUCGGUCUACAACAACGAGCUCCCGGUCCGCUGCAGGAACACCAGUGGGGUUUUGUACAAGAACCGACUGGGAUCAGGGGGUAAAGGGCGCUGUAUCAAACACAGCCAGCAGUGGUACACCCCCACAGAGUUUGAAGGUCUGGCAGGAAGAGCGAGUAGCAAAGACUGGAAGAGGAGCAUCAGAUACGCCGGCAGGCCUCUGCUCUGCCUGAUUCAGGAGCGGAUCCUGAACCCCCACGCUGCUUCCUGUACCUGCGCAGCGUGUUGUGAUGAUCUGACGCCAUCUGCAAAGGAGGGCGAGCCCAUGGUACCAGAGAGCGUCACCAUGACCGGUCCAGUCCGCCUCUUCGUCCCGUACAAGAGACGGAAAAAGGACGCCGAGCCCACAGUCGUCCGGCUAAAGAAGGAGCUUCCUGCCCACAAGAACAUCCAGCUGUCUCCUGGAACAACGUUCACGGUGUCCCCGACAGGACAGUUCACCACCUCCGGCACCCUGACGUUUGACCGGGCCUCAGCCAGCGACGCUGACGCCGCUGCCAUCAUCUCAGACGUGACGGCACAGAGUGACGUGUUUGCCAGCACCACAGUGCUGACGGCUCUGCCUGCUCUGACUUUGACUCCUCAGCCGAUCCAGGCUAAAGUAGCGGUGGCAGCCGCAGCGUCGCCUCCCCCUGCAGCUUUGGUGACGGGACUGGAGGUGGGCUCCGUCGGGGGUGGGAUACCGCCUUUGAUCGACGGGCAGAAGAACACCUGGGCGUACCUAGAAGAGCUGGCGAACACGCUGCUCAGCAACGUCCAGCAGCUGAAGACUCUGAUUGAACAGGCCAAGAACACUGCAGGGGAGGCAGCUGGGGUGAAAGGUCAGGGAGGCAGGAAGGAGUGUGGCCUUGGCCAGUCGUUUCAGAACCACCUCUCGUUACAGCCUCCGGAGGACCCGGAGGUCAAGAGGAACACCGACAUCACUGAGAUCAUCAUCAACCAGAUGUGUGUGAACUGUGGUCGGAUGGCCAUGAGCGAGUGUGCGGGCUGUCACAAGGUCAACUACUGCUCCAUCUUCUGUCAGAAGAAGGACUGGAAGGAUCAUCAGCACUCGUGCUGUCAGUCAGCAGAGGGCGUGGCUGUUCAGGAGGAGGAGCCAAUCACAGCUAUGGACAUGGACAAAGUGAAGUGAGCAGGCUCCUCGCGCCAUCAGCAGACACAAGUGUGAAUGGGCUUUCUUCGUAGUGGAGUGUGUUCUGUCACCAUGGCAACACCCUUGACCAGAAAACAGCCGUUAAGUGCACGUCAGGGUCAAGGGUCAGAAAUCAAGGAGGUGAUCUGAAGUAAGACGAGCCGCUGGAGUCCAGCUCGUUUCUUUGCGUUAUCGACGUGUUUCUUUACCACCGCCGUGUUCUGUUCUCAUGCCGACUCGCGAUGAAGAGAAGGAACCGUCUCAAGACGUCCUGGAGGACCACGAGCGUCAACAGGAAACGUGGGUUUAAAUGAAAGCAGCCUCUGACAGCAGCUCCAGGGCAGGCUGAACCAGAACCAGCAGAAUCUCAGGUGUUCUAAGGUGUUCUUUUGUAUUUUUGGACUGUUUAAUUUAAAGCUGGCCUCUGCUGAUAGACUGGGCCCUAAAAACCAGGACAAGAAAGUCAAACUGUGGGGGACUUUCUAUGCAAGUAAAGUGAAAAGUGAUUUGUCAUUUAGUUUCUAGUUCCUUCAUGAUCCCACCUCCAAACAUCACCCCAGAUGUUCUCCUCACUAAAAACGCAGCACUGCUUCUGGAUUCCCGAGACUUCCCAAGAAGAACUAGAAAUGUCUGGAAAACCUUAUUUAUUCAGUUUUAUAGGUGUCCGAAGGAAGCGGAGCUAUUAUUACUAAUGGAGCUCGUUUCAGGUUCACAGAUGAUAUAGAAUCUAUUAAACAGCUUUAACCAAA